UCUUGAUUUUCAUCACUUCCACUCUUUCUUCGUUUCAAUACUACUCUAUGAUACCUUCUUUAUGGUCUAAAAGAAAGAAAUUUAGUUAGUAUUGUUGCAGUGCUAACAAUUAUUAUUAGCCAAGAUAAUACUAUAUUAUGCUUGAUUCCUAUCUAGAUUCCAUUUAUGGUAAAUGUCCCCUUGAACUGACAUGGGAAAAUUCUCGGCAGAAAAAAGGUUCAUCACCUCCCUCGUCUGAAAAUUCAAUAAAAGCAAUUCAAUGCAAAAAGUGCAAGGUUGAGUUCACCGUAGUCGCUCCUGGACAAUUUACAACCAAAUUCUCGUCAAAGUUCUUGUCUUCGUCUUCCUUCAGAACGAGCACACAUGAUUCAAAGUGAUGAGUUUGCAAAGGCUGCUUCUAGCAGCAAAGGUUCUCAGCAUUCCUCAGUCAUAAACUCAUGUAAUUUGACUUCUGAUGCAUCAAAUUUCGUUCCUGAUGAGCAAUCUCCAGCUGAUGAAGCCUUGUUAGAAUCUUCUUCCCUAUGCUCCCUUGGAGCCUCAAAUAACAGAAACAUCUGUAGUAGGAAACAUGAUGACAUCGAUGACUCGGUUCAGAAUAACGAAGAAAUAGUAAAGAAAAAGGCUGCUAGGGAAGGCACUGGAGUGAAGAGAAGUAGGAAUGCAGAAGUUCAUAAUUUGUGUGAAAGGAAAAGAAGAGACAAGAUCAACAAGAGGAUGCGUAUAUUGAAGGACCUCAUACCCAACUGCAACAAGAAUGACAAAGCUUCAAUGCUUGAUGAUGCCAUUGAAUAUCUCAAGACCCUCAAGCUUCAGUUACAGAUUAUGACAAUGGGUGGUGGAUUUUGCAUGCCUUUUAUGAUGUUACCUAAUGCUGCUCAUUGCAUGAUGAACGCACCCCAUUUGCAGCAUUUGCAGCAGUCAGGCACAACCUUCCCUUGCAAUCUGCCUCAGUUCCCUAUCACACCUUUGCCUGCAAUCACUGACAACAGAGUUCACAUGUUUCGUUUCACGCCCAUUUCUCAUGCACCACCGUUCAUUCCAAUGGCUCAAAACCCUUCCCAGUUAACUACUCUAUUGGCCUCACUCUCCAACAACUCAUAUCUUAAUGGACAAGCUGAACUUGCAAUAAAACAACCACUGAAGCAGGUUUUCCCUCACCACUAGCCAUUAAUUUGUACCCUAGAGAUAAAGAUAAACAUGACCAUGUUCAACACUGCACUCUGACUUACCAGUUGGAUAGAGAUCAGAAAGUAUAACGAUAUAUAAGGAUUUCAUUACCUUGAAAGUGGUUUCAAUCUCUUACAAGAUUGAUAUCAAGUCUUAUUUGUGUUGUAUUUCCUUAGUAAAUCCUUAACAUUUAUUGCUUUGAAGCACCGAUGGAAGUAGCCAUUUUGUUCUUAACUUUUUGAUCUUGGUCUUACUCAGUUUGAUGCUGGUAUAAAUAUAAGGUUUUUAGUGGUGUU